UUAUAUUUUAUUUUCAUUUAUUCCCUACUCUUCAUAUACAACCGAAUAUCUAAACAUCUCUCACUUUACAUCAAACAUCCCCAUACAAAGAUAUUUCCCCACGUGCUUGAAAUUGUUUGGCCAUCUAUAGCAUGUGACAGUUCCCUUCUGCAAGAGUUAAGAAUAGCUUCCCCCUCAUGGUGAUGAUACUCGUCGAUCUGCUAUGAAUGCUGAUGUAAUGGCAUAGGACAUUUGCGUAACCAUCGAUGAUAAUUGCUUGGUGAGUGGGGGGAAUUACGAGGGUUUGUUUACUGGCACACAAUUUACACUUUUUUGAUACAGCAACAAAUCUUCCUGUAAAUAAAGUAUUCAUAUGAUAAAGAAAGUAAACUAUCAGUAGACUGUGGAACAAUAACACUUAAUAUAUCUAAACAACUGCUUUACACAAGUAACUGGUCCCGACAGCCUAUUGGCCUUAAACUUUCAAAUUGAAAGAAAUAACACCAAGUGGGCAUCUCAAGUAACGCUCAACGGGUGUCUUAGAAUUUCUUAAAUCCUGAUGGUAAACAAAUAAAUAGUAAUACUUCAGACAGCACUUUAACACCAUUGGUCAUUUUAAAGUAAGACAAUAAUGUCAAUAGUACGUGCAAAACAUCCAUUUUCAGUGGCAAACAAAACCUUUUUUAUUGAUGCAAUGUUGUGUCAAAGGGGUUGAAAUGGGCAAAACAACAGUCACGGGUUGUUGACACCAAGUUGUUUACCUGUUGGAUUGGGCCGGUCAUGUGGACCCCGGUGGUCGUUGGGAGGGACACAGUGCUCACUGGGACCAGUGACACAUGCAGCACUGAGAAGGAGGGGGACGUUUCUAUGAAAAGAUCCCCAGACAGCAGCAGGCAAGAAUGUGCGCCUGGGUUGUUGGGAAGGGAUCGGGUGUCACCAGCUGUGAGGGGCUGGUAUAAAAUCCAGAGCCUCCAGCUCCCAGUCAGAACCGAUACCAGCAGAUGCAGCACACAGGAGAGGCUCGCCCUUCCUUUUGGUAACAGCUUAGUUUUCGCUUGUGGGAAUUAAGGAAACUUGCCGGCGUAAGCGUAGUUAGAGGCUUUUCCACCAUGGACGUUCAGAGGACAGGGUCUGUGGUCCGGCCCCCGAGCCCCAUGGAUAGCCUAGAGAAGCAGCUGAGCUGCCCCAUCUGCCUGGACAUGUUCACCAAACCCGUGGUCAUCCUGCCCUGCCAGCACAACCUGUGCCGAAGCUGUGCCAGCGACCUCUACGACUCCCGCAACCCGUACCGCUUCUCCGGCGGCGUCUUUCGCUGUCCCACCUGCCGCUUUGAGGUCGUGCUCGACCGCCACGGCGUGCAUGGGCUCCAGCGGAACCUGCUGGUGGAAAACAUUAUCGACCUCUACAAGCAGCAGCAAGAAGGCAGCGGCGGCACAGAAAGCACCCUGAAGCCCAAAGAAUCCAAGGAGCCGAUGUGCCAGGAGCAUGAGGAUGAGAAGAUCAACAUCUACUGCUCGACGUGUCAGGUCCCCACGUGCUCCAUGUGCAAAGUGUUUGGCCAGCACAAGGACUGCGAGGUGUCACCGCUGGCCAGCGUUUACCAGGUCCAGAAGGGCGAACUGAGCAACGCAAUCGACACUCUGGUGGCCGGCAACGGCCGCCUGCAGGCCCUGCUCAACCAGAUGGAAGACGCCUGCCGCGCCGUCCAGGACAACGCUCAGAGCGCCAAGCAGGGGCUGGCCGAGCGCUUUGACCUGCUCUACGCCGUGCUGGAAGAGCGCAAGACCGUUCUGCUCGAGCAGAUCGGCAAGGAGCAGGAUGAGAAGGUGGCGGCUCUGCGAGCGCUCGCCCAGCGCUACGGCGAGCGGCUGCAGACCAGUUCGGAGCUCACGGACACGGCCGUGAGGGCGCUGGAGCAGGGCGGCGCCGCUCAGUUCCUGUUGGCCUCCAAGGGCCUAAUCAUGCAGACCAAGGACGCGGCGAAAGGCUCGCUGGGGGAGGAGAGGCCCGAGCCGGGCUUCGAGAAGAUGGACCACUUCACUUUGUCGACGGAGCACGUGGAGUCGGUCCUGGCAAAAAUGGACUUCGGAACGUUUGAUGAUGAUGAAUUUGAGGACGCGGAGGAAGAGGAAGAGGAGGAGGAAUAAUGAAGUGUUAAUGGACUUGGAAAUGGAAAUAAUGUAAUAUGGGCGUCAAAGGUUUUCUUGUGUCUGGCACAGAUUGCGUUUCAUGUUGAAAGACAUCUAAGGUUACCGUGGAUGUCGGCUUUCAGUGCAAUAUAAAUGUCAAUGUGGUAUUAAUACCUUUUCUUAACUUCUUUUUUUUUUUUUUAUACUUUUUUACUACUAAGCUGUUUGGAUGGAGAAAAUGACUUUGAAUAGAACGUCUGAAGAUUCAUUACGUUAUUUUCCUCAUAAGUAGGUCAAUGAAAUAUUGUUUGUUCUUCUCACUCGUCCAAGUUUGGGUUGAAUUGGUGAUCAGCUGAUCUGCCUGUAGUCACCAAACCUGUCUCAUGGAAUGUGGAAUAAAGCUGCAUGAACUCAG